AUGGCUCUCUCCAACGUAAAGACCACCUACGAGUGGACUUCCGCUCUUGAUAUCAAUCAUGUUCCCAAGAAGAACUUCCGAAGAACUUCAAUCAUCUGUACCAUUGGCCCCAAAACGAACUCCGUUGAGAAGAUAAACACCUUGCGAAAAUGUGGUCUGAACAUCGUUCGCAUGAACUUCUCUCACGGCUCCUAUGAGUACCACCAAAGCGUCGUCGACAAUGCCAAAGAAGCCGAACGCCAACAGGCAGGCCGCCCCCUGGCCGUUGCUCUUGAUACCAAAGGACCUGAGAUCAGGACAGGAAACACUGUCGGCGAUGCCGAUAUCCCAAUUUCGGCUGGCGAUCAGAUCACUAUCACCACCGAUGAACAGUAUAAGACUGCUUCCGAUAACAAGAACAUGUAUGUUGACUACAAGAACAUUACCAAGGUUAUCGAGGAAGGUCGCAUUGUCUACGUCGAUGACGGCGUUCUCUCGUUUAAGGUUCUCAAGAUCGUCGAUGAACAAAACAUCCUGUGCGAGUGCUUGAACAACGGCAGGAUCUCCUCCAGGAAGGGUGUCAACCUCCCCGGUACCGAUGUUGACCUUCCAGCUCUCUCUGAGAAGGAUAAGGCAGAUCUUCGAUUCGGUGUCAAGAAUGGCGUCGAUAUGAUUUUUGCCAGUUUCAUCCGUCGUGCCGAUGACGUCCGUGCUAUCCGAGAAGUCCUUGGCGAGGAAGGCAAAGAAAUUCAAAUCAUCUCCAAGAUCGAGAAUCAACAGGGUGUCAACAACUUUGACGAGAUUCUCAAGGAGACUGACGGUGUCAUGGUCGCCCGUGGUGACCUCGGUAUCGAAAUUCCUCCUGCCCAGGUCUUCAUGGCCCAGAAGAUGAUGAUCGCCAAGUGCAAUCUUGCCGGAAAGCCCGCCGUCUGCGCUACUCAGAUGCUUGAAUCCAUGACAUACAAUCCCCGCCCAACCCGUGCCGAAGUCUCGGAUGUCGGAAACGCCGUUCUCGACGGCGCGGACUGUGUUAUGCUUAGCGGUGAGACUGCCAAGGGAAAUUAUCCUGAAGCGGCCGUUACUAUGAUGCACGAAACCUGCCUUAUCGCGGAAACCGCUAUCAACUACGUUUCUCUAUUCAAUGACCUUCGCAGCUUGACAGUCCGCCCAACCGAGACCAAUGAAACCUGUGCUAUUGCUGCUGUCAACGCCUCCUUGGAACAACAAGCUGCCGCAAUCGUUGUCCUUUCCACUUCCGGCAACACCGCCCGUCUGCUUUCCAAGUACCGUCCAACCUGCCCAAUCCUCAUGGUUACUCGUAAUGCCGCUGCGGCCCGUCGUGCCCACCUGUACCGCGGUGUCUACCCAUUCCAGUACCCUGAAGCCAAACCCGAUUUCAGCGUUAUUGUCUGGCAGGAGGAUGUCGAUAAGCGUUUGAAGUGGGGUAUCGAGGACGGUGUCAAGUUGGGACUGUUCGCUAGGGGAGAUGUUAUCAUUGCUGUACAGGGAUGGAAGGGUGGUUUGGGUCAUACGAAUACCCUUCGUAUCGUCACCGCGUAA